AUGAAGUCAUCAACUGUGAUGGUCACUUUACAUUGCUUGCUCUUGUCCUUAUUGGUUCCAGCUUCUGCCAGAUAUCACGAGCUGAAGGGUGGAUCCGGAUACAUUUACGACCACAAACAUGCCAUUCAAUCGACAUCCAACGUCAACACUCAGCCGUAUAGUCAUACAGGCAAGCAUGCUAUGACUGGUGCUGGCACCGGUGGCUUUGACAACGGCGAAUCUAAAUCGUAUGAUGAACAAAGGGAGUCGUACGAUGCAUCUGAGGUUCCGCACUACUUGUCGAACGAACAAUUUGUACAUGAUUCCUCAAAUGACCAUGUACCGAUCAACAAGGGCGAGUCCUAUGAUAUCGUCGACAAGUACAAUUACAAGACCGACGAGGACUACGGCCACAAACAAGGGACGACUAGCAUCAGCUUGGUGGUCUCUGACCCGACUGACGCAAUCCCAGGGUCAACAUCAUUGACCACGCUCAUCAGCACCAGCUUCAAUCCCAGCUCGCUUACAUCUGGACUCACUGACGCAAGUCCAGAGUCGACUACAGUAUUGACUACAGCAUCGACAACAUUGAUUAGCUCAAGAACCAGUGUCAGCACUACGAGCGAAGCGCUCCCCUCGACUCCACAGGACUUGUGUUCUGGGCAUGAUACCAUCAUCGGGGACGUGCACUGUCUCGGCAAUUUCUUGAUAGGGUGCAGCACUCUCUUCAACGCCGUGAAUAGAAACACUCUGGACCUUCGCAACGUACCUAACGUCCCCAAUAAGGAAGCAUGCCAUCAAAAAUGCAUCGAGGAUCCACUAUGCACUGGCUGGACAUGCAUAUUAGAUUCUGUUGAAGGCCUGAAGGAAUCUGGCAUCUCCGUCGGUGACGGGUACUGCCGACAUGUCUACAGUCCUGUCGAGCUUGACGAAACAGAGCCAUUCACAUUUGGCGAUGCCUUUGGUCUGCGGGGCUUCUGCGAUUUUCCAAUUGCAGAACUUGCAUCAACUUCCACUGGAAGCGCAACUUCGGCCACGACAGUGACUCUACAAACGGUCCCCACAUCCGCCACCGAUAUUUGCCCUGAUUUGGGGGGACAGUGUCUUGACAAUAACUAUAUCCAAUGCGACAGGGUCCUCCAGGACGACGCAGGCACAUCCAUUGGCAUUGACAAGUGCAUAUUCCAGCCGGGAAUCAAGUCAGAGCGUGCCUGCCACCAAACCUGCCUUUUGGACAACAAGUGUUACGGCUGGAUCAUGGAACAGGUUCAAGAUUUUGACGACUUUGGCAACGGCAAGUCAUACUAUUGCUGUCAUCUCAACACAACUGUGCAGCUACCGGACCCGUUACCGGCCAAGGGCCCCUUUUCAACAUUUCCGGCAUACGACUCGUACGGCCUCAAGGGCUCCUGCCCAGCUGACGUUGGCAGCAUCUGCCCCCGGGCCGAAAACGCCUGCGUGGACGACUUCAAAGUCCGAUGCGGUCGGCUCAUUUUCAAUGACGUGACGCCGCUUUUGGAAGGUAUAUGGCAACCCGACAUCCGUGAGGACCUGGCAUGCCACCAGGCGUGCGCCGAAGAUCCAGAUUGUACGACUUGGUGGGGGGAACUGGAUCCCAUAUUCAACACCUUCACCUGCUUCCGUGGGACCAGUGCAGUCGCUAUUAAGACGACGAUUGCGAUGGAUCAAGGGGAGGAAUUUACGUCCAGCUUCUACGGGAUCAGGGGCGCAUGUGGAUAA